GCAGGUCGGAGCCCGCGCGGCAGCUGAGGCGGCGGCUCGCCCGCGGCCGGCCGCCCGCGCCCGCGCGCCGAGGCGAUGCCGGACCAGAUCUCCGUGUCGGAAUUCGUGGCCGAGACCCAUGAGGACUACAAGGCGCCCACGGCCUCGAGCUUCACCACGCGCACGGCGCAGUGCCGGAACACCGUGGCGGCCAUCGAGGAGGCUUUGGAUGUGGACCGGAUGGUUCUUUACAAAAUGAAGAAAUCCGUGAAAGCAAUAAAUGUCUCUGGGCUGGCUCACGUGGAAAACGAGGAGCAGUACACCCAGGCUCUGGAGAAGUUUGGGGGCAACUGCGUGUGCCGAGAUGACCCGGAUUUAGGAAGUGCGUUCCUGAAGUUCUCGGUGUUUACAAAGGAGUUGACAGCACUUUUCAAAAACCUGAUUCAGAAUAUGAACAACAUCAUCUCCUUCCCUCUGGACAGUUUGCUGAAGGGGGACCUAAAAGGAGUGAAAGGGGAUCUGAAAAAGCCUUUUGAUAAAGCGUGGAAGGACUAUGAAACAAAAAUAACCAAAAUUGAGAAGGAGAAGAAGGAGCACGCCAAGCUGCAUGGGAUGAUUCGCACCGAAAUCAGUGGGGCUGAAAUCGCAGAAGAGAUGGAGAAGGAGCGGCGGCUUUUCCAGCUCCAGAUGUGCGAGUAUCUGCUGAAGGUCAAUGAAAUUAAGAUUAAAAAGGGAGUGGAUUUACUUCAGAAUCUGAUCAAAUAUUUUCAUGCCCAGUGCAAUUUUUUCCAGGACGGACUGAAAGCAGUUGAGAGCCUCAAGCCUUCCAUUGAGACACUUUCAACAGACCUUCACACAAUCAAACAGGCCCAGGAUGAAGAAAGAAGGCAGCUGAUACAGCUUCGAGAUAUUCUGAAAUCAGCUCUGCAGGUUGAACAGAAAGAGUCUAGGAGAGAUUCGCAACUUCGCCAGAGUACAGCCUAUAGUUUGCACCAGCCUCAGGGAAACAAAGAGCACGGGACCGAGCGGAAUGGCAACCUGUACAAGAAGAGUGACGGGAUCCGAAAAGUGUGGCAGAAAAGGAAAUGUUCGGUUAAAAACGGUUUCCUGACCAUAUCCCACGGCACCGCUAACCGGCCUCCUGCGAAGCUCAACCUCUUAACCUGCCAAGUGAAGACCAACCCCGAAGAGAAAAAGUGUUUUGACCUUAUUUCACAUGACCGGACUUACCACUUCCAAGCGGAGGACGAGCAGGAGUGUCAAAUAUGGAUGUCUGUGCUGCAGAACAGCAAAGAAGAAGCUUUAAACAAUGCAUUUAAGGGGGACGACAAUACCGGGGAAAAUAACAUCGUCCAGGAACUGACAAAGGAGAUCAUUUCCGAAGUGCAGAGGAUGACGGGCAAUGACGUGUGUUGUGACUGUGGGGCCCCAGAUCCUACAUGGCUUUCCACCAAUCUGGGCAUCCUGACCUGCAUUGAGUGUUCUGGAAUCCACCGGGAGCUCGGGGUUCACUAUUCCCGGAUGCAAUCCCUCACGUUAGAUGUCUUAGGAACAUCUGAGCUGCUGCUUGCCAAGAAUAUUGGGAAUGCAGGCUUUAACGAGAUUAUGGAGUGUUGCCUUCCAGCUGAGGACUCCGUCAAACCCAACCCGGGCAGCGACAUGAAUGCCAGAAAGGACUACAUUACUGCCAAGUACAUCGAGAGGAGAUAUGCAAGGAAAAGGCACGCAGAUAACGCAGCAAAGCUUCACAGCCUUUGUGAGGCCGUCAAAACAAGAGAUAUUUUUGGAUUACUCCAAGCGUAUGCUGACGGUGUGGAUCUUACAGAAAAAAUCCCGCUGGCCAACGGACAUGAGCCAGAUGAAACUGCCCUCCAUCUUGCAGUCAGAUCGGUGGACCGGACUUCUCUCCACAUCGUAGACUUUUUAGUUCAGAACAGCGGGAAUCUGGAUAAGCAGACAGGGAAGGGCAGCACGGCCCUGCACUACUGCUGCCUGACGGACAACGCCGAGUGCCUGAAGCUCCUGCUACGGGGGAAGGCCUCCAUUGAGACCGCCAACGAGUCGGGAGAGACGCCCCUGGACAUUGCUAGACGCCUCAGGCACGAGCACUGCGAGGAGCUGCUGACCCAGGCCUUGUCUGGGAGGUUUAAUUCGCACGUCCACGUCGAAUACGAGUGGCGACUGCUCCACGAAGACCUGGAUGAGAGCGACGACGAUGUGGACGAGAAAUUGCAGCCCAGCCCCAGUCGGCGAGAAGACCGGCCCGUCAGCUUCUACCAGCUGGGCUCCGGCCAGCUGCAGUCCAACGCCGCGUCUUUGGCCAGAGACGCUGCCAGCCUGGCCAAGGACAAGCAGAGGCCCUUCGUGCCCAGCAUCUUGCAGAAUGAGACGUAUGGCGCGGUCCUCAGCGGCAGCCCGCCUCCCACCCAGCCUGUGGUCCCCAGCACCUCCAGCGCCCCCCCGCUGCCUCCACGAAAUGUUGCCAAAGUUCAGACCGCCUCCUCCGCUACCGCCCUGUGGAAGACAAACUCUGUAAGUGUGGACGGUGCAAGCAGGCAGCGAUCUUCGUCAGAUCCGCCAGCUGUCCAUCCACCGCUGCCCCCUCUCCGCGUGACAUCUACCAAUCCCCUGGCUCCCACACCGCCCCCUCCAGUAGCAAAAACGCCCAGUGUGAUGGAAGCCUUGAGCCAGCAGAGCAAGCCGGCCCAGCCCGGGAUCCCGCUGAACAAGGCCCUGCCCCCGCCCCUGCCGCCCCAGCCGCCCAGCCGCCUCCCCCAGAAGAGGCCUGCCCCCGGGGCUGACAAGUCGACCCCACUGAUCAACAAAGGCCAGCCGAGAGGACCUGGAGUGGAGCUCUCUGGACCCGAGGCUCUGGGCCCGCUGUGCAAUGCUGCGGCCCUGCAGCCCCCAGCCCCCAUGCCCAGGAAGUCACAGACAACCAAGUUAAAGCCCAAGCGGGUCAAAGCUCUCUACAACUGUGUGGCCGACAACCCAGACGAGCUGACGUUCUCCGAGGGGGACGUGAUUAUCGUGGAUGGGGAGGAGGACCAAGAGUGGUGGAUUGGCCACAUCGACGGAGAUCCCAGCCGCAAAGGAGCAUUUCCCGUAUCAUUUGUGCACUUUAUUGCUGACUGACUUGCUACUGAACAAAAACACUUCUUUUAUCAGUUGUUACGUUCCUGUUUGUUAUUGGUACCAAAAUUCUUGCCAGAUGACCAGUUUCAUGAGAUGUAUUGUCUGGUAGCCCACUUCUCUCUGACCCUGCUCUUCUCUUUUACAAGCUCAGAGGCAACUUGUAUGUAUAAAUGAAUUGUUUUUAUAAUUUGUGGUUUUCAUGAAAUACUGCCAUACUUUUAUUAGGGAAAAAUUGAAUUUCCUAAAAGGUGAACUGAAAAGUUAUUUUAACUCUACGUAAUCAAUAUCUUCUGUCUACAGAAUUAGCUGAACCUAGAAGGAUCUGAGUAUUAGACAUUCUUCCAGCUUUUCCCUGGCCCGCUGCUAGAGUCGGUGACCCUCAAUGCAGUUUUUUAGGAAGUCGGUAAACUUGCUUUAGAAGUAGCCCAGCCCUGGACUUCCUAGAAAAAAUGCUAUCAGUUCACCUUUAAAGACAUUUUUUUUUUUUUAAGAUACACUUAAAAGAUUUCCUUUGGAAUCCACCCAAGGUUUAGUUAAAGCAACUUGAAAACUUACACCUUAGCAUCGUGCUUUCCAGCCCUAAUUUGUGAGUUCGCAGCUCUCAUUGUGUUCUGCAUGUGCGUGUAGCCUGUUGUGAGCAGUCCCACCUAGCACACCCGCCCGUGGCUUAUUACGGCGUGUGGUAAUAGCAGCUAACUCAGUUCCUGUUCUAGAAACCUGCAUUUCCUGAAUUUGGUUAAAAACUAAGGAUGAUGGAUUGCAAAAACAGUUCUUUAAACUAGUUUAUAUAAGCUUUAGGUGUUUUGGAAUUCGCCUUCUCGACCCUCCUGCGUGUCCCAGCUAGAGGACGGUGGGCCAACCCCCACUGUUCACACACACCUGCUGUUUCCCACUGAGCAUACCACCACCUUCCCUUUUUGGCCCCCGGGAAUGUUUCCUCAAUUUAGCGUCUUGUAUUUAUAUAUUAUACCAACAGGAAUGGUAGAUAUACUGUUUUGAACUCGAAUCUGUCCAUCUGUUUGUAAUCAAGAACAUAACUGAAAUCUGUAGGUCCCAGGUAAUAAAAUCUUCCUGAACAGACAUCCCAGUUCCACAGCGGAAGUCCCAUAACGUCAUUCUUAAACUGAAGCUACUGGGCGUGGGGGGGUUGGGUUGAGUGCCAUAAAAUCGGAAUUCAGUAGUUUCUCAAACUUGACUGUCGUACCUCUAUUUAGUAAUUGUGAGCAUAUGAUUCAUAGCAGGAAUAUUGGACACUUUGGCACUCUUUGAGAAUAAAUAGGCCUUGAAUGCCCACUCGGAUUUGGACCAGAAGUGAAGGGGUAAGCGUAGGUCUGGGCUUGGAAAGCGAGGCAGCGAUGCCUCUGUGGUGACGAUGGUACAUUUGAUGGGAGCAGCCCGUCCUCAUUAGGCAAGACUCUUCUAAGUGCAGAGCUUUUUUUUUUUUUUUUUUUUUUUUAAAUUGCGUUGUACUUUUUGUUGCUGUUAUAAAGGAAAACAGAACAAACUGGAAUGUUUUAUGAUGUUGUGUGGCGAUUGCUUUUUAAAGCCUUUCAGAGUUCUGGGUAAAAAUGUGUCAGCUCUGUAAUUAAAGUUUGUUUUCUUUUUUUUUUUAAAGCACUACAUCUGUUUUCACUAAUUGUUAAUUUCUGUUGUUCGAACCCUCCAUUUAGUUAAUUCCCUCACAGAUUUAAGAAAGUAAAUAGAUUUUGCACAGCGCACUUAUGUGUAUUUUAACACAGUCCUCUCGCAACUGUGUCUUAUAAUCAGCCUUUUGGCCACUUGGCGCCAACUAUCCAAGGAAGUAAAGUGGAUUCCCGGCACCCUUUCACACCGGUCCCAGACUAAUCCAGCAGGCUCACUGGUACAGAACUAUCUCAGAAAUACUUUCUCCAGUUGACAAUUCGGUGGUGCUACUGUGCAGUAAUUACUACUACUCUUGCCAGAGGAGAAAUUAUAUUAACUUCCCUGAUAACAUCCUUUCCUAGUUAUUUGCUCUUUGCAAAUUAAAAAACAACGGAGAGGAAGGAAAACCUUGUAGAUAACUAUUUAUAUAUAAAGUUCACGUUUCAUGAACCUUUGCUGCAGGAUUCUGGCAUCCUGCGUGCUGUCUGCCAUCAGAUCGGACUCGUAGGGGCGAGGGCUCCCGCGUGCAGACUCCUGGGUCCCGGGUGAUGCGCCCCGGGGCGGGGAGCAGCCUGCGCAGCCGGGGGAGCGACGUGAGGUGCACGAUACCCCAUUCGUCCACUUGAUGACUUCGAACUAGUUGCAGCGCAACUGUAUAUAUUGUAUAACCCGAAUCAGUUCUUAUUUUCGUUGUCCGUAACGCGGUGACUGAUAAUUAGUUUAUAAUUGGAGCAUGUUCAGUAAGUUGACUCCUCCUGUUCACUAGUCAUUUGACUGGAAAAAAUAAAAUACUUUUAAAUGGA